ACGGCGGCUUCUCAAGAACAUUGGAGGCAUAAAUUAUAUUCCGGGGCGUCUUCUGAAGAUUCAUCAGUGAAUAUAAACCCGCGGGGGUUCUCGUUAGACCAGCCGCAGUUUAGUUCUCAGGCCAGUUCCAACGACAGCACGAUAACAUCCCAGACAGGUUUCCAGGUGGAUUCUUCAGCCGCCUACGGCCUCUUACUCUCUGAAAAUCAGCACCACUCCGCCUACCCAAACCGCCCCAUGAAUUAUCCGUAUCCCCCGAGCACCUACGGUGGCGUCAACACGGCGGAAUUGGUACCCUCUUGGAACAAGUACCCGCAGUUCUUGAGAACAUCUCCGCCGAAACAGGCGCCGCCGCAGGCGGCGGGAAGCAGCAGCCAUUUGCAUUUCACUAACAACACUCCUUUCUGGAAUGCAUCUGCACCGGCAGCCGUCAUGAGUGAUGCUCGAUCAAGCUUUUUUCCGGGCUUGCAAACUCAGAUUCCCACAACCUCAUCCUUGGACGAAAAACCAAAGAUCAAGAGUACGUCGGAGGGUCGGGAUUCGGGCACAACAACGAAGAAAAACAGCAUGGAGGCAUCAAACAAACGGCCCCGCGGGAACGAAAAUCCUCCGCCUUUGCCAGCUUUUAAGGUGAGAAAAGAGAAGAUGGGGGACAGAAUAACAGCACUUCAACAAUUAGUCUCGCCUUUUGGAAAGACUGAUACGGCUUCCGUGCUUUCUGAAGCUAUUGAAUACAUAAAAUUUCUCCAUGAACAAGUCAGUGUGUUAAGUACCCCGUACAUGAAAAAUGGAGCACCCAUACAGCAUCAGCAGAGUUCUGAUAAAUCCAAGGAUUCAGAAGGGCCGCGCCAAGAUCUGAGAAGUCGAGGUCUAUGUCUAGUGCCAAUUUCCAGCACCUUCCCCAUGACUCAUGAAACAACAGUUGAUUUUUGGACACCUACAUUCGGAGGAACAUUCAGAUAAUCAGCAGUAGCAGCAGCCCCCUGGAACCAAACCAAUUUGAUCAGUACUAAUUAAUAAGGUUGAUAUAUAUAUAUAUAUAUAUAAUGAUAAGAUAGAAAUCUUAAUUUUAUCAAUCCAGGGGGACAGAUACAAGACAGGAAGCUGUUGGGCCAUGGCUUCAGGCAAAGAUUAGGGACCAUCUGUAAGCAAAUGUUAGUGCUGUAAUAAUUGAGGAAUUAUGAUUAAUGCUUGGUUAGGAAUGA